GUCACUUAUGUGGUGGCUGGUUCGGUUGUUCUGCUGCGAGAACUGCAGGCAUUAGAGCUCAAAUGCAGAUCUAGCUGGAGAGUCACUUUAGCUGCGUGAGCGAUUCUCCACUGGUUGGAUACUUUGUAACAUCUUCUUGCGCUCAGUCUCUGGCAAACUGUACCAGUAACUGGAGAGAGUGUUGUGAUUAAGAAAGAUAAGUGUAUUCUUCAGUGUGUGGAGCCUGCCCCCACACCCUUAACCUGCCAAACCACGGCCUUUACCUGUGUGUUCCGGUGUUUCCCGUGCGAUCCAUCCUGCGGAAGCGCCUCUUGGGCCACUCCAGAAUUCAAUCAGCGCUCAGUGGCUCCAAUGGUGAAAAUGACGAGGUCCAAAACUUUUCAGGCAUAUCUUCCCUCCUGCCACAGGACAUAUAGCUGCAUACAUUGCCGGGCUCAUUUGGCAAAUCAUGAUGAGCUCAUCUCAAAGUCAUUUCAAGGAAGUCAAGGUCGAGCCUAUCUAUUCAAUUCAGUUGUAAAUGUAGGUUGUGGGCCUGCAGAGGAGCGCGUGUUACUUACUGGGCUACAUGCGGUGGCAGACAUAUACUGUGAAAACUGCAAAACAACACUUGGCUGGAAAUAUGAACAUGCAUUUGAAAGCAGCCAGAAGUAUAAAGAAGGAAAGUACAUCAUUGAAUUAGCUCACAUGAUCAAGGAUAAUGGUUGGGAUUGAAGUGAAGAUCCUUACGAGAAGCGAAGUCUCGGAAUAACAUUCAGCUGACCGUUAUAUCCUUAGAAUGAGCGAGUUACUGAGUGCUUGGUUUCAUAUGAUUCAGAGGCUGUGCCGCAUGGAGCAUCCUCUCACCCACAAUCCAUCAUUCUUGGUGAAUGGCCUCUAAAUUUCUGACACUCUGUCUCUUUGCUUUGUACCCCUUUGUGAGUUGCCUUUGGCCUUGUCCUGCUCUUUUGUAGAGUUGGCUAAUGGAAAGCAUCAGGAGCCUUAUAGCCCAAUCUCUUCUUUUUACUCUGUAGAGUUUAUUUGAUGCUAUGUGUGUAAUGGCGUAAAGAAAGUGGCACAUCGGGGGGUGGGUGUGUGGGGAUAAAAAAAAAAGGAAGAAGUAGUAGGAAAUAGUGGAAGGAACAUGCAAUAUCAUAGACGUCCUGCAAGUAUGUUUGAAUGUAUCGAAUGGAGAAAUACACCUCACUGCUUGCUUUCAGCCAAUAUCUGUGAGUGGCAUAAGCAGUGUUGUCUAGUAAAUACUUACCUUGAAUAUAACCAAAAAAUACCUGGAUCUUAAAUUCACUGACCAGGUCACAUGUAUCUGUAGCCAGGCUGCAAUCAUAACAUAAAAAUGAGAAAUCAUCAGCUUCUCAGAUAAGGUACCCUACUAACCCUUUGGUAUCCAUAGGGUUUCUUUUAGGAGCAAUGUUUGACGAUCAUCAUUCUGGCUACCUUCAAGAGUAGUGUUUAACAUGUUUUUGUUUUGUCUUUGAUCUUUAUUUCCUUUUUGGCACCUUCAACCCUGCACCUUAUACUGUUAGUUUUCUGUCCUGCAGUAACAAUAGAAUCAUGGGUAAAAUAUGAGGAGUUCUUGACUUCUCUAUAAAGCAUACUGGGCACCAACUUAAUUUUUGACUUUACAACAUGUAUUAUUUUUCUGUAUAUUAGAUAAAAGACAUACAUUGAGCUAUAAUAAUUAUAAAACAGUGUGCACAACAUAAAAACCCAAAUUAGGACAGAAAAGGAUAUGAUUGCUUUAUAAACAAUUAUGGGAUCAAUAAUAAUUUAUUUUUUAUUGUUUUUUUUGUCAUGAAUCAUGAACAAUAUAACAAAUAAUUUUGAUGACUCUACAUCUUUGCAACAACAUCCAGCAAUGGUCUUUGGUAAGAUUAAAAAAAAGGUUUUUAAAACCCCAGCCCUUUGCAGAAUUGCAACUAACAAGAAGGGGCAUUUCAACAGGAAAAACUAACGCUAGUCUUAAAUGGACAUUAAUAUAUUGAUUAGUUAAUAUCCGGGGUCCCCUAAUCACAUUUUCUAAGACUUAUACAUGUGUAUAACGAGAUUUAAAAGAAUGACAUGCCUAAAUGGGCAGGGGCAACACACUCCAUGAUAAUGAAUUUACUGCUUGAAUCUUAAAUUGGUCACAAUGACUUAUUUUUCAAUGCCUCCAGCUAGAUUUAAGCAUAUAUAUCAGAUUACUAGCAACACUUGAUAUAAGUCUGGGUUAUAAUUAAGCCCUCAUGGUAUGUGAGACUUGUAAUACUGAUAUAACACAAUGCAGCUGCAACAUUUUUAUUUGGAAGUGACUUGGGCCCUUUACUAAAAGUUUUCAAAAUGUCUCUUGUAGACUCCCACAUAUAAUACAUUACUUAAUAUAACUUUAUUAUUUUUGAAACUGAGAGGAACGUGAGAAGAAAACCAAAGCAUGCAUUUUGUUUUAUCAGCAGGCCCCCUUAUAAAACAAAUUAGCAAUCUUUAUAUUAAAAUGUGCUUUAUUCCUUCAUCAUUUUCCUUAAAUAAAUAUUUAUAAGCAAUGAAAGAGGAGGUAGUUAAGCAAAUUGUACACAUUCUGCACUAUGUUGUCUUUUCAUUUUCUGUGUAAUGUUAUACAUUCUGUUCCACAAGCAGUUAUCUCCAUCACCUGUCACUAUUCUUUUGGCUCCUCCGCCCUAAGAGUGCACUAGUUCACAGAAUUACAGAAUUCUAAUUGCUGGUAAAAGAUUAUUAUGCUUAAGCUUAAGACAAACAUAUUGUCCAUGCACAGUGUUAAAGUAAUGUGAUGAAAUUGCAUUAUAGUCCUGAUCAAUUUAGGAAUAAAUGUAUUUAUAAGAGGUUACAUGAACAACUUAAUUCACCAGUUUAUAUAUUUGGUAAAUGAAAUAGCAUUAUACAUAAGGUUCAGUGUAAUGUAGGAUUUUCUACUUUACAUAUUGGAUGUUAUGGUGAUUGUCCUUUUUAUAUUACUUUGGACUGAGGCUUAUGAAGAUCUCUGAUACAUUAUGUGACAUCUGAGAAACAAAAUGCAAGUAUAAGAAUCAUAGUUUAUAGAAAAUAAUUUUUACUGUGGAGAAAUUGCUAGGAGGUUAUCACUUUACUACAUUAAGAGAUGCAACAGCUGUUAGCUUUUACAUUCUUGUUGGGGCCCUAAGGAAGUGUAAUUAUCUGUAAUGUUUCACACUGCUCUCCUUUCUGGUUUUACAUGACAUAAAAACUAAUAUGAUAUUAUCGGCUUUACUCAAGUUUAUGCUGACCCCUUAGUGCACAAAAAUAAAGUUUAGUGAAAGGACAAGCCAAAAGAAUAUUUGGAUAUUAAAUUUUAUAAUAUAUUAUAUGGCAGUUGAUGGAUUCCAUCUGUACACUGGCAUUGAUGCCACACAAAGGCAGAGCUUGCUUGGUGGCAAAUAAAAGGCUAUUGUCUAUCCACAAAUAUUUACAUUGAUUAAAGAAUGUUUUUUGAAGUACCUUAGUACUUAACUUAUAACUCCAAAUUGAAACACUUACCUUUUUGUUUGUCUUCAGUCAUAAAAUUACAUUGUAAAGUAAAUUGCAGCACUUUAUGUAGUAGACUGUGCCUUUUUAAGGACGGCAGGGAAUUUGGAAAGCCAUUAACAGGACCUGUCACUGUCAUAUGUAAAAUUUACAUAUAUGUAGGUUAGGAGAUAUUAUCCCUGUUCAGUAUAUCUUGCAUAAUUCAGGGGACUGUGGCAUUAGAAUAUAUUGUUCUGCUGUAGCCUACAGAAGCAAACAACAUUUAGUCUGGAGAUUCUGAAUGCCGACCCUUAGUACUGCCAAAAAACGAACCCCAUGAUUUAGGUAGCAAUUGUCCAGUGAGCAGGACAAUUGGCUCAGACUUCGCUUUGUGGUUCAUACAUGGUAAUAUAAAUAUUGUCUUGUUCAGACUGAAUUCUAAACACACUCUCUUUCUGUAUGACCCCAAGAUUUGCACAUUCCAGACUUGAAUCAUUUGUGGGGAACAGAAAAGAGUAUUGGGGCAACUUGUCUCUGGCUCAUUUUUAUUCUGAAAUUGAUUGGUUGUACUCAAGGCCUGCACAUUGCAGCAGAUUUCUAGUUCUGUCCUUAGGUUGUCAAGCCAAUAAUGAAAUAUUAUAUUUGUUCCAGUGUCCUUUUAAUAGAAGAUGCCACUUAUAUAUAAAGUACAAUACAGGAGUCAUAUAGCUGAAAGCAUGUAUAGUUUGGCCAAAUAGAUUUUAAUGGAAGUGAAAAUAAGGGAGGUUCCUUAUCACUUCCUGGUGUGCUUACUAUACCCGAGCUUAAAGAUAGGAGACAUCAUCACAUCAGAUAUUUUCUCUGUACAAACUAUCUGCACUCAAUGUGUGAAGCAUUGGAUAUAACAAUGGUCUGGCAUGACAUCAGAAAAAUGAUUUAGCAUUUUUACAAUCUGGUAUGGCAUAGUUUAGUUUUGAGUAUUGUUUGCAGGAAUCCUAUCCCACAAGGAAAAGCUGUACAUAUAGAGGGGUUAAAUGCAGUGAUUGGAUGAGCUGCUGCAGAACUAAACCCAGUAACCCCUAGUAUUUUACACUUCGCAGAACUUGAGGGGGAUGCUGGGUGUUUUAGCUCAUAAGAGAUUAAUACCAGCCAGAAAUGUUUUGUGUUUGGUCCUUAGACUGGUUGACCUUUGUAUGAAUUUUUAUCCCUUCAAUAAAUCAACCCACAAAGGUAUUUAUAUGUUUUUUAAUUACAGCCUCUUUUACUUCCAUCCAUAUCUAAAUAUAGUACAUAUAUACAUAUACAGGUAUGGGAUCUAUUAACCAGAAUGCCUUUGACCUGGGAUUUUUCCAGAUAAGGGAUCUUUCUGUAGUUUGGAUCUCCAUACCUUAAGUCUACUAAAAAAUAAAUAAAAUUUGAAUAUACCCAAUAAAAAUUGUUUUGCCACCAAUAUGGGUUCCUGCAGCCGAGUAAGGAUCAAGGUACUAUUGUAUCUUUACAGAAAAAAAACAAAUCAUUUAAAAAAUGUAAAUUUUUUGCUUAAAGCGAACUUAAUAGGAGAUGCCCUUCCUCUAAUUUGGAGCUUUCUGAAUAACGGGUUUCCAGAUAAGGGAUUCUAUCCUUGUAGUACAAAUUCUAUUUCAGGAUUCUUCUUCUGAAUAUUUCUGCUGCUGCAUAUCUUCGCUUUCCUUCUAUCUGAACAUAGCCUUGCAUCCACAUGUUUAUUUUGGAAUUCCCUGCAGACCCAUCUUGGAGGGAAUCUAUUAAGCCCCAUCAAUGCAGUGUGGGGUUUACUCAUUAGAUUUUAUUACCACUAUUGAUCUACAUAUGUCAGGAAGGGAGGUAUAAGGACCUGGAUAUUGCUUAGCCUACCGCUGAUCUAAAUAUAUUUAGAGGUCACAGAGGGCACAUUUUGAGAGCUGUGAAAGCUUGUAUAAAUUAUAUAUAAUGUUUAUCAUUUGCCUUUUUUCCUUACUAGUUAUAUUGGGCCGCUUUAUACUCUCAUUCAGCUCAAAUACUGAUUCCUCACUAAAGGGCAUUUUUUCAAAAUGUGAGUUUAGAGCUAAAUACGUACCUAUGUUCUAUUCAUUCCUAUGGGAUUUUUAGAAGCGUAUGUAUUAAUGUGUGAAAGUUAGAAUUUACCAACUGAUGAACAUGCUUAUUACAAUUCCAUAGUAAUUAAUACAAUGUGGGUGUGCUUUUAUGUAUUUAGCUCUAAAUUCACAUUUUCAUUUUGAUAAAUCUGCCCCUAAAUGUUUCCUUACCAAAGCUUUUUAUAACUAAGUGCCCUUUAGUGAAUUAGUAAGCUUUCAGCUUAUUACUUCUGCGAGUGAUAGAUAAGAAAAAUGAUUUACCCUUCUUAGAAAUCACGCUGCUAAGAAUGUAGAGUGUGUUCUGAGAAAGUGUGGAUAGCAUAUAACUCAUUUUGAUCAAUAUAUCACAAGGCCUCUAUACCAUGUCUUUUUCUUUAGAUAGAACAGCUUUGUUCUUAAAAGUAAUGUUCAUCCUAUAGAGAAAGCAAAAUGAGCCACACAACACAGAAUGCCUCAUUGGGGUGUCUCCUGGCUAGUUUUGUUUCCCUUUACAUGUUUAAUUUGAAAUACUAAAAUGCAACUUGGGCCACUACUACGGUGGCCAUACACCGUAUGAUCCGCUCGUUUGGAGAGGUCGCCAAAUGAGCAGAUCUUUCCCAAUCUUCUCCCGAUGUGCCCACCAAGGGUCAAACGAUCUAAUUAAAAUGGCAAGUAUAUUCGCUGAAUUCAUUUUACCAGUAGAUAAAACCUUGUUUCUACCAUUUCCAUCACUGUAGGCCAAUGACACACCACAUAGCUGGAUUGCCACAAAUCUUCUUUGUUAAUAUCUACGUGAUCCCACAUUAAAAACCACUUCUGAUGGCUUCCCAUUACUGUCAAUUGAAAGCUAUCGGAUUGUCUCAUUGCAUCUGUUGUUUAAAACAAAGAAACCCAAGGCUCUUGAUAGUAAGGCAGUUAGUAUUAGUCUUUCAUGUUAAAUUGCCACAAUAUUCCUGUUUGUGGCCCAGCAGCCCCAUGUUAUAUAUAGUAAAUAAUGUACUCCCUGUUGUAAAAUAUAAGAAUAUUAUAUUAGUCAGAGAGGAGUUCCAUGACCAUAUAAAUGCAUUAGACUGAUGGUAAGGUGACUUGUAAGAACCUCAUAUUUUACAACAGGGGAUAUAUUAUUUAUUAUAAUACACAAGUUUGUGUGAGUCCGUGAUGAGAAUUAAGGUGGCCAUACACGGGCCGACUAUAGCUGCCGAUAUCGGUCCCUUGGACCGAUUCGGCAGCUAAUCGGCCCGUGUAUGGGCAGGGCAGAGCGGCCUGGCCGACCGAUAUCUGGCCUGAAAUUGGCCCCAGGGCCAAACGAUCGGAUUAUUUUUUUUUUUACCUAAAUGCUCCCCGAUAUCGCCCACCCGUAGGUGGGGAUAUCGGGGGAAGAUCCGCUCGCUUGGCUACAUCGCCAAGCGAGCGGAUCUGCUGGUGUAUGGCCACCUUUACAUUACUAAGCACUGCUCUUGUAUACCAUAUAUAAAUAUAUAAGCAAAUUACCAGUGCACCAGAUUAGUAAUUUGCCUUUGAUAAAAGCAAAUAUUCCCCAUAUAGAUUAGCAGUUAUAUAUCUGGAGAAAAAUGUAAACAAUAUUUAAAAGAAAAUUAUAUGUUAGUGAUUUAUUGCCUAUACAUUUAAAUAUCAUUUAUAUAUUUUUGGACACCUAGGGGCUGAUUUACUAACCCACGAAUUCGAAUCCAAAUUGGAAAAAUUCCGAUUGGAAAACGAACAUUUUGCGACUUUUUCGUAUGUUUUGCGAUUUUUUCGGCGCCUUUACGACUUUUCGGAAAUUAUCGCGACUUUUUCGUUACCAAUACGAUUUGCGCGAAAAAACGCGAGUUUUUCAUAGCCAUUCCGAAAGUUGCGAUUUUUUCGUAGCGUUAAAACUUGCACGAAAAGUUGCGCUUUUUUCGUGGCGUUAAAACUUAAAAGGCGCAAUGUUUUGCGCAAGUUUUAACACUAUGAAAAAAUCGCAACUUUCGGAAUGGCUACGAAAAACUUGCGUUUUUCCGCAAAAAUCGUAUUGGUAACGAAAAAGUCGCGAUAAUUUUCCGAAAAAAACGCAAAAUACCGAUCAUUACGAAAAAAACGCAAUCGGACGCAUUCGGCCCGUUCGUGAGUAAGUAAAUGGGCCCCCUAGGGAGGCAUGGACCAAAUGUUAUUGAACCUGUUUAUACAUAUAUAGGAUCCAUAAUCCAGAAAGCUGUUAUCUCUGAAUCUCUGAAUUGCAGGAAGGCCAUCUCCCAUAGAGUCAAAUUUAGGCAUAUAAUUCUAAUUUUUAUGAUUUCCUUUUGCUCUGUAUUAAUAAAACAGUACAUUGUACUUGAUCCCAACUAAGCUGCAUGAAUCCAUAUUGGAGGCAAAACAAUCCUAAUGGGUUUAUUUAAUGUGUGUAUGAUUUUUUUCAUAGAUUUAAGGGGACGGAGAUCCAGAUUACAGAAAGACCCCUUAUUUGGAAAACCCCAGGUCCUGAGCAUUCUGGAUAAUAUGCCUGUACAAUAUGUGGAAUACCAAACUUCAGCAUUAUCACAUUUACAAUUUUUCUGUAGUCUCCCGUCAUUAUCCUUUCAUGUAAUGUUUCUGCAUAUUUAGCAGAAAAUGCUAGAAUCACUUAUGCACUCUUUUUUUACCCUAAAGCAGACACUUGCUGAUUUUGAUUGAAUAAAACCCUAUGUAUUAGUUAAAACGGGUGGCUACUUAUUUGAAAGAAAGUUCAUUUACAAGUAUCCAGCUGUUUCUAGUUAAUUGUAUAUAAAUCCAAAAAUAAAUAACUGGAAUCAAAUCUAAAAUCUAUUUUGUAAAACAGAAUAGAAUAGAAGGAAAGAAUAGAGCGAAUGAGCCAUAGGAUAAUGUAAAUGAGCUAGAGUGCCAGUUUCUUUCAGAUCUAAAGGUAUCCAUAAGGAUUUAUCCAAUCUCUAAACUUUCCACACGUGUUUUUCUACUAAAGACUAAACUGCAGUUUCUUUCACAUUUGGCAAAUUGAAAUGACACUAUAAUCUUUGCAUUAUCAGAAAAGCACACUUGAUGUUUGUAGGCACGUGUCUGUUGCACACAAUGGAGGCUUGUACAUUAGUUAUAAGUAUGCAGGACUGUGAAAAGCACCAAGGCUGAUGUUUGUUGGCUCUAACUCAGCACAAAGCUGAUUUUGUGUAAAAGCUGCCACUGUACUUAGACCUGCUAGGCAGUGAAAUCUACUGCUAUGUGCUUGCUGUAACAAUAUGAAUACAAAAAUCAUUUCAGUUCAAACUGUGGAGCAUUUUAGGAAGACUUUUACAUCUCUUACAUUUAUUAAUCCUGAUAUUUUUAUAACCAUACUUCAUAUUUUAAGCUUUUAGAAAACAGGUUAGUAAUCCACAGCACACAGUACACAACCAAGGUUACAAAUAUAUUUUUCUGCACCUUCGUAUAUGAGCUGCUUCUGCCACAUGUGCAUUGUAAGAAAGAAAUCCCUAAUCUGUUCAUUGCAUUGGUUUUUGUUUUAUUACAAAUUGGAUAAAGUUAAUGGUAUUAAAAAAGUAGGGAAUCUGACCUGUUUGCUAUAACUUUGAGGGCACUCUAAUGAUAAAAUACAACUACUUCUCAACUGAGUUGAGUGUGUGUGUGUAUAUACAUUGUGUGUAUUUAUAUAUAUAUAUAUAUAUAUAUAUAUAUACUUAUAUUUGCGUAUAUUUAGAAACAUGCAAUGUUUGUACUACACAACUAUAAAAUGGUGACCCUUUGCAAUUUCUGACUGCACUGCUGUACUGUGUCGAUCAAAACAACUGGUUGAGACAAGAAAUAGGAAAUAGUUGCCUGUUAAAAACAACAAUAGUCCUUAAGACAAAAUCCUCUUUCAUGUGAAAAUAAAAGCUUUUGUAUCAUUAGUGUACCUUUAAAUGAUUGAGGGGCCAGAGGAAAUGUAUGUGUUGAGUAUUUAAUACUUGGGUUUUUUUUUUUUUAAUUUUGGAGAUAAAGUUGUGAGGCUCAUGCAUGUAACACAAGCCUUCUUUAAAAACUUUAAUUCACUUACGGGGUUAAAGAAAAACAAAAAUUCUAUCUUACAAGAAUAAAAAUCAGAUACCUGCGUGUAUUGCUUUUGUGUUUACAAUAUGUGUGUACUUUUUAUUUUUGCUUAUGAGUUUAUCAGGUCAUGUUUUCAAUGUAAUUGUUUGUCAUCAUGUUUUGUGUAAAUGUACAUAGUUAUUCAGUAUUAGAGAAAAGUGCAUUAUUUCUGUCAUUUACAAUGUGUUUGGUGCUCAUUUGAGAGAAAAUAAAAAUUUUCAAAUAUUCAAAAA